AUGAGUGCCUUGGUAAUGAACACAGCAGGCAAUGGCAACCGCAAAAGUUUUGACCUCAUUCAUACUCAGAUUGACUCACUGAGUGGUAAGAUGGACAAGCUCAUCCACAUUCAAGAAGCGGUCCUCAGCCGACUAGAUGAUAUGCCUCAUGACAGUGAAAAGGAUAUGGAGAAGUGGAAGGUUGCCAAGGAGGAGAUCCAUCUGCCACCCGGGGUAAUGAAACAUACCCAGGUCACGGGGCAAGAGAUGAGGAACAUAUGCCAGCAGAUGAGCAGCAUCCUGUCUGUGGUGAAUCAGAGAUCGGAGCAGCAAGCUCAAAAGCUCGAAGGGAUAGAAAAACUGGUCCUCGGCAUGCAGCAGGUUAUCAGCUUCAUUGGUGAGACAAUGAAGAGCUCAAACGUAAUGGAACUGAUGUUCAAAGGCCCCGCUGCUCAGAAGGGCCCCAAACCCAAAGACAAUAAGGAAAAGCAAGCUAUUAAGAGGAAAUCAUCUACAGAGAUAAUAAACAAGAAGCUGGACAAGUUGAAAGACCACAAAGGCAAAGAGGAGACAGAGAAACCAUGUUUGAAGAAGCAGAGUUUGAUUCCUGAACAGGUGCAGAAACGUAAUAUGGAAAAUGCAGAGAAAUCAGGUCACCAACACAUCCCUGGCUAUCUGAAUCGGGAAGCUAAAGUGUUCCCUAAAGGUCAGCAAGCUGAUGGUCCUGCCUGCAACUUAGUAGACAUGCAUGAGGAUUUCCAAGUGGCAGAGGCUGAGAAACUCAAGGCUGUUAAGGAGGUUAGUAAGGAGAAGCCUGAGGAAAAGGUGCCUGAAGGAGAGGCAGCAAUUGCUAAGAGGAAGCCCAAGCUUAAUGCGAAGUAUGUACUGAAGAAGAAGGAUGAUGAAGAGCUUGAAGUCCCAGAAGAAAAGAAGGAAGAGGAAACUAAAGUCCCAGACUUCCCUGCUGCCCAUGAUGAUGAAAAAGAACCAGGUCCUACCAGCACUGAUGAGCACAAAGAGAUCAAGCAUGAGCACACAGCAGAGGUCAGCAGCACAAAUACGAAGUCCUUUGUGACUGAGAAACACUUUGUAGUGGAGGAACACAGGAGCAGCCGUGUGGUAAAGGAAGAAGAGGAGGGUGAGAAAAAGGAAGAUGAGGGCUGUGCUCUCUUCCUGGCAGAUGACAUUGAAAUCCAGAUAAACCUAAAACAAACGGUGGAGAGAGAAAACAAUGCAGAAAAUGAUGAUGAUGAUGAUAAUCCUGAACGUUACUUUAUUGACACCACUUGUCCUCCGACAGCUCCUUUUAAUCAUCGCAUUGUGUCAGCCAAGCCCAACCACAUCAGGAACUUCUACACCAUCAACUGGCAGGAGAUCCUUGGCGGGGGUCGUUUUGGCCAGGUGCACAAAUGUGUUGAAAACUCCUCUGGCCUCACUUUGGCAGCAAAGGUCAUUAAAGCCAGGAAUCAGAAAGAAAAGGACGUGGUGAAAAAUGAGAUCCAGGUCAUGAAUAAUCUGGACCAUGCCAACCUGAUCCAGCUCUAUGCAGCUUAUGAGUCAAGGAAUGACAUCAUCCUUGUACUUGAGUAUAUGGAUGGAGGGGAGCUGUUUGACAGGAUCAUUGAUGAGAACUACACUUUAAUGGAGCUGGAUGCUGUGGUGUUCAUCAGGCAGAUCUGUGAGGGUGUGCAGCACAUGCACAGAAUGAACAUCUUACACCUAGAUUUGAAGCCAGAAAACAUUCUCUGUGUGAGCAGAGUCACAAAUAAGGUCAAAAUCAUCGACUUUGGUCUUGCCAGGAUGUAUAAACAAAGGGAGAAGCUGCGAGUUAAUUUUGGCACUCCAGAGUUUCUCGCUCCUGAAAUUGUAAAUUGCGACUUUGUGUCGUUCAACACAGACAUGUGGAGCCUCGGCAUCAUCACCUACAUGCUUCUGAGUGGUCUCUGUCCCUUCCUUGGUGAUGAUGACAGUGAGACUCUGAAUAACAUCUUGGGCUGUCAGUGGAACUUUGAGGAGCAAGAGUUUGUAGACACAUCCGAAGAAGCCAAAGAUUUCAUCUCCAGACUUCUCGUUGUAAAUAAAAGCUGGAGAAUGGGAGCAUCAGAGGCCUUAAGACAUCCUUGGCUAUCUGAUUCAGCGCUUCAUCAUCAGCUUUAUACAAAGAAAACUAUGUGCAGAUCCCGACGAUCAUCAUGUGCAUCCACAAGUAAUAGUUAAGGACUCCACAAUGAUAUGACAGCUUCAUCUGUGGCCACGUGGACCAACCCUCCUUUCCAUGUAGAAUACCUACAUUUCAGUCGGUGUUGUGGCAUGGAUGAAAUUGUGGCAAUCUCAUAAACCUCCACUGUAUUGUGUUAAUGUAGCCGAUAUGCCAAAGUGAUAUAUGGAUGGAUGGGAUUUAGUAGCAGAUAGUUAUUGUGCUGUGUUCUUCCUUGAAUAAUGUAUACAUUCACCACUGUAAUGCUAGACAGGCUGAACAAAAAUAACAAGAAUGCCUUAUAACAUUAAUUAGUUGC